UGAGAAGGUCAGCUGAUCAUUUACUACAUACAGUAGUGACCGGGCAGCUAGCUGCAUGACACGGGAUUAUUCGACCCUGUGAAGCGCUUUAUUAUAACCACAUAGCAACUUUAUACUGAGAGAUGGCUGACAAUAACCAAGGAACCCCUCCUCCCCAGCUGGGGCCUGUGCAAUUUCUAAUGAGCAACAAGCUGGAAACUGCGAUGUGGCUAUCCCGUCUCUUCACGGUCUACUGCUCUGUAAUGUUUAUUCUCCCAAUUCUGGGACCUCAUGCUGCAGCAAACUUCUAUCAGCGAGCCCUGCUAGCCAACGCCCUCACCAGCGCACUUCGCCUACACCAGAGACUCCCACGCUUUCAGCUGAGCCGAGCGUUUUUGGCCCAAGCUCUGCAAGAGGACAGCUGUCAUUACCUGCUGUACUCCCUCAUCCUGGUCAACUCCUACCCCAUCACAAUGAGCAUCUUCCCAGUUUUCCUGUUUUCGUUACUUCAUGCAACCACCUACACAAAGAAAGUUCUUGAUUCCAUGGGUCCAGGCAGCCUGAUGUUCAUCAGAAACCUCCUCGACCGACUGACGGCCAAUCAGCAGAACAUCCUGAAGUUUAUCGCUUGUAAUGAGAUCUUCUUAAUGCCAGCUACUGUUUUCAUGCUCUUCAGUGGUCAGGGAAGCUUGUUGCUGCCGUUUAUCUACUACCGAUUCCUCACGCUGCGUUACACAUCCAGAAGAAACCCGUACUGCCGCACUUUGUUCACGGAGCUGCGAAUUCUCCUGGAGCACUUCAUCAUGAAGCCUUCGUGCCCUGCUUUUUUGAGGAGGAUGUGCCUCAGCAGCAUCGCCUUCGUCAGCCGCCUCGCCCCCACAGGCGUCUGAGUAGACUACGCAGAAGUUGUUCCGUUUUUUUCUUUGUUUGUUUUUUUAUUUUAUUUUUUGGUUUUUCAGCCAUUUACGAUGUGACUUAAACUAUGAAGGGGACAGAUAUCGCCAUCAAUGGAUGAAACCGUUUUUGAAUGUCAACUUUACUGUCUGACCUCCCUUUUUUUACCUGUAUAUUGAAGACAAGCCAGUAAAGCACUGAAGUCUCAUAGUGAUAUUUCUUUACUCAGUUUCUGGAAAUUCACUAUUUUACGUUGGCUGAACGGAGAACAGCUGAUACCAGCUGCACUCUGUCUUAUUUUGUUUCAUGUCAUUAUUUAUUCAUAAAAAAUGUUUAUUCUGUGAUGAAAAAUAACAUUCUGAGGUUAUAGAGACUUGAAGCAUGAUUAUUUUUUUUUUUAAAGAUGUACUUUUGUUUGCAACCUUUAUUAUGAACUAAAUGCCUCACUUUCAAUGUUUUCCUUCAAUGCCAUCAAAUAACUCCCCCCAAUUAACAUUCAUAGGUAUGUAGCUUUGUCGUCAAAAUGGAUGUUUAGCUCAGAAAAUAUCUGCUGUAUUUUUUUCAGAAUAUUUUAAGGUACCAGAGUUCUUGCUGUAGGAUUUGUUUGAAAUAAUUUGCACAAUGCAUGUCAUCCUUCUCAUUGUAUCUCAGUUUUUAUCACAGCUCUGAACUUUUUUAACUCAUUGAUGUUGCAGUAGGUUCUCCUCCUCAAUGCCUGAUUUCUUUAUAUUUUAUGUGCUUACAUGCCCUCAGAGACACCACAUUUUUAUGACGAGAAUAAAGCUAAAUCUCUUAAGUAAAUCAGGAUUAUCUGUUCUGAUACGCAUUUUUUUUAUUUUUUUUUAAUACAUAGGUUAUACAGGGUUUUUUUGUUUUUGUUUUUUUUACAAUAAACUACAAUAUCAAGAAAACUUAUUUCACUAAACAUAUCAAAAUGUAAAACUCAUUUGGUGUCCAAAGUGUGGUGCGGGGGCCAUUUGUGUUCCCUGGACUGAUUUGCCCCCAAUGGCAAUUCAAGAUGGUUGAUGCAGAUGGUUGCUUUUUUUAGCUUUAAUUAGAGCAAAUUUAUUACAGACACGUUAAAAUCUUACAAUGUAGAAUGGUACAACACAAAGUAAUUAUCUUUUAAUUACCUUGCUUUUUACAUUCUCUUUAAUUCAUAGUAAAGAAGACCACAUAUAUCCAAUGGAUUUUACCCAAAUGCAGACUUUGCUGCACCCAAAUCUGUUUUUAAUUAAUUUAUUAAAAUUACCUAACUUACAGCAGGUGUUUUCAAAGACAGAUUGACUCAACCUCUGUUUUAUUGCUGAGAAAAGACGAAAUUAUUGCCUAUUUCUUUCAAUCAAACACAAAAGAAUUUGUAAAUUGGAUGGCCAUAUUUUAAUAAGGCAGCUUUGCCAAACCAUUUUAAGUUUUUCUCUACAAUGAUUUACACAUCCCUUUCCUAAAGAAAAGCAGACUAGUUUGUCUAAUGUUAAUAUUCCAAGGGUUCGUAAUUAAAUUUUUUGGCCCUCGAAUGCUUUUGACAACAUAAUUUUGGCCCCUGUGGCAAAAUGUUUGGACAUUCCUGAUUUAAAUGCAUUAGUUGUGAUGAUGCCUUCCAUCUAAUGAAAACACCAAAUACAGAUUUUCACAAAAUUAGAUAUAUAUUUUUAAAGUUUUAAUUAGACUUAAAAAAAAGAGUUGUUGCAGAGUUAUUGGCCUGCUUGCCAGCUGACUGUCUCAGUUUCUUCCGCCCGCAUAUUUGCAUCAUGGGUCAUGGUAGUUUGCUAACUACCCAAGGACACUGAUUGCCAUGAUCAUACUGAGAGAGUGGACCAACACCAGGAGAUGGCAUGUUCCUCUAUUCACUGAUCUUCACAUUGGAUUUAGAGUUACUAGGCUUCUGUUCCCCCAGAUUAUUUAUCCGGACUCUACGGACUUUGAUUUCCAAAUGUAACACAGAAUUUUCUUCUUUUCAUUUAUAAUAAAAAAGAGGACUUUUUUUCCUCAUCCCA